AAAAAUUUAGCAGCUUCUUACUACUGAACACAUCUUCAUCUGCUGUCAACUGGAAUGACACAACCCCCAACCAAAAAUGGCUUCGGUUUACUACCUCCUGGACGACGCCACCCACAUAGGAGACUACAUUAUCCAAAUAUAUUCGCAACAAGAUGAAAACUUGAAAGAAAAACAUCAUGCGGCCACGAUGAUCCAGCGAACAUGGCGCAAACACAAGGCCAGGGUGGCUUACACCAAGAUGGUGCGUGCGGCCGUCGUUUUCCAGAAAUAUACGAGGGGUUGGCUGGUGAGGUUCCAUUUACCCGAUAUGUACGAGGAGUAUUUCGAUAAAAUUUCUUUGAAGAGGUACCAAUGGGCUGCCACGAUGAUACAGAAAGUCUGGAGGGGGUUUUUGGUGCGUAUGCAAGUCAACCUCAAAGAACUAAUGCAUGAGAAGAAAAAAGCCAAAUGCGACAUCGGGAUGCGUAUAAGUUUCGAAAUGCAAUCGAAGGCCGUGGAGAUGAAGGACUCGGAUCUGGAUGAAAUUGCGAAGGGGGAGGGUCUGCCCGGGGGUCAGGAGAUCCUUUACAUGAGGAGCAUCAUGGAGAUGAUGUUUGACAGGCAUCACUUGUUGAGCACGAAGUUGCGCGAGGGAGUCUUAGGAGUGAACACUGAGUUGCAGGAGGUCGAGAAGUUCCUCUCCAAGCUCUCCUGGUCCGGGUAUAUGAAAGAACUGAGAAAACUGUACAACCAAUACAAGAAAUACGAGAAGUGCGAGAGGCCUAGCUACCUCUUUAAAGAUAAAAUGAUGAUGCGAGAGGAGGACACCAGGAGGCUUAGGGAUACCAGGAACGACCUGAAGGAGGUGAACUUGGGGUGUUGCGUGGCGGAUAAUCGAAAACCGUUCUGCAUGCAGAUCAAGAAGACCAGGCCCCAUUAUGCGCAAAGCAUUAUGAGUGACGGUCGUUACGUCCCACCAAUCAGGGCCGUAACAAGGACAGACGACCCAUCGAAGAACGUAUGCGCAGAAGACUUUUAUCUCUCCCUAAAGGAUAUUGGGGAUAAGUGCCAGGUUCCUCCUUAUUAUAUUGAUUUUUGGUAUAAGGAGUGUACUGGGCAUUAUUAUCGGCAGUGAAAUAAAUAUUUUUUUGCCUUA